UCACGGGCGGCGCGGCGGGAGAUUCGAACGGCGCGGCGCGGCGCAUCUCGGGAGCGGCGGAUCCCGGGAGCGGCGUGGAGACCCCGGAUAGCUGAGCUCACCCUGACUCUCCCUUCCCCAGCCGUUGGGUCCCCUUCUGAACUCGCCCUGACCCUGCGGUGGACUCGGCCACACCAUGCCCCGUCCCAAACCCACCCCCCGACGGCGCGGGCGUUCCCACCCCCCACCGCCCCCACCGCGGGCACGCAGGCGCCGCCCAGGUCAGCGGGCAUUGCAGGAGAUCCGCAAGUACCAGAGCAGCACCCGCCUGCCCCGCGCCCCUUUGCAGACAGCACCCCGCUCCCCCGCCCUGCCCUCUUGCCUGGUCCCUGGGAUGUUCCCAGGGCAGUGUCUCCCAGGUGUCGCCAUGGUGUUGGCCCCAGCCCGGGAUGUCCCCAAUGCCCCCAUAUCCCCUCCAUGUUGUCCCGAUGUCCCCGCACUCCCUGUGACCCCGCUGCCCCCAUGUGCUCCCCUUCCUGUGCCCUCCCUGCCGCAGGUGCGGGAGAUCUGCCUGCUCUUCACCCGCGGGGUCGAUUACCGCUGGCAGAGCAUGGCCUUGCUGGCGCUGCAGGAGGCAGCAGAGGCCUUCAUGGUGAGGCUGUUGGAAGACUCAUACCUGUGCUCGCUGCACGCCCGCCGAGUCACCCUGUUCCCCAAGGAUCUGCAGCUGGCCCGGCGCCUGCGGGGACCCGAGGCAGGGGGCAUCUGA